UGCAAAAAGCUGGAUUCCAUACCUAAUCUGAACUUUUUAUGGGUUUAUAUUAAUUGGAAACACAACCAUAUAUACAUGUGCUAACACACAUCCUAUACAAUGGGAUAGGGACUUAUGUCAGGGAAACCGGGAAACGGAGUAACAUUUGAAAUGUAAAUAAAGAGAUAUCCAAUAAAAGGAAAAAAAAAAGAUCGUGUAUAUUUGCUUAAUUUAUCACUUGCAACCUACAUAGUCCUAAUAUACAGGUGGAUCCCUAACCUAAUAUGAUGACUUUUCACUUACGGUGUUACAAAUGCAGACCCUAAGCCUAUAUACGUUUAUGUAAGGUGACUGAUCACCUUGUCAGUGUUUCAGUAAAUGUUAUGGGAUUAAAUAGCAGACACUCUUAUUUUCAUCUACCUUUGAUCUUUGCAAAAUGUGUACUAAAUGUUGGUUAAGUUACAUCAGCUCACUGAGCUCUGCCCUUUAAAGGGACAGCGGAUCUCUGUGCUGCUGUCCCUAGCAGUUACAUAAUUGCCUGCAGCCAACCUUCCCCAGGAAGCUGACAGGAAGAGGCGGAGCCCACGCCGCCCAGCGCCACCAGGGAGGGAGCGGCGGCCGCUGCCGGUGAAGGCUAAAGCGGUGGCCGCUUCAUCCCGGCCACUGCUCGGUCUGGCUCGGGACUGCGCGGAUCUUCGGGGACCCUCGGCCUGGUCUGACAACGCCAUGACCCCCGCCGAGGCCCCGUCCGCCCUGGCGCUCAGGGUUGUGGGCCCUGCGGCCGCCACCCCGUACGGUGUCUUCUGCAAGGGGCUCUCCCGCACCCUGCUCGCCUUCUUCGAGCUGGCCUGGCAGCUGCGAAUGAACUUCCCGUACUUCUACAUCGCGGGCUCAGUGAUCCUCAACAUCCGCUUGCAGGGUUUCCUCUAGAAUUGCUGUGUAUUCCAGGCUAGCCCAAAACUCAUGAUCCCCCUGCCAUUGUCUUUUGAUAACUGAGCUAUGCCCACAAUA